GACAACCUCCUCCAGUUGACUGGACGUCGGGAUGCUGCAUGCUAUGCUACGCUGUGCACACACCAUGGUGUAAGGAGACCUUCUUUGUUCCGUUCAGUAAAAACGACCCAAAACUGACAAAUGGACCGUGGCUUGAAGCGCCGGCAGGUGAAGCCCCUCGCAGCCUCCCUGUUGGAGGCCUUGGAUUAUGACAGCUCGGAUGACAGUGACUUUGAAGUGGGCGAUGCCUCAGCUUCAGACAUCACGGGCAUCGGGAGCGACGAGGAGGGCUCCAGAGUUAGCGCGGCGGGCUCCGACAGCGACUCGGACAACGCCACGUCUGCACGCCGCGGCGUGGAGGAGGCCGGGAAAGAGGCGGUCACCUCGGACUGCGUGAUUGUGGAGGAGGAGAAGGGAAGGCCCUCCUCGGACGGCUCCGGCAAAGAACCCGCCGCCGCCGCCAUGGCCGCCAAGGGCCGGCGCAAGAGCAGGAGGAGCUCGGACACGGAGGCGGCGGCGGGCAGCGGCGGAGAGGGGUCGGGGUCGGGCUCGGGGAACGGGGACGCGGACGGCAGCGCUGAGGCCGGGGCCGCCGCCGCCGCCGCCGAACCCAAGAAGUGGAACUUCCGUCGCAACCGGCCGCUGCUGGACUUCACCACCAUGGAGGACCUGAACGAAAUGGACGACUACGACAGCGAGGACGACAACGACUGGCGGCCGGCGGCGGGCAAGAAGAAGAACAAGGCGGCGGCGCAGAAAGGCCUCGGCGGCACCGAGGGAGAGGAGGGGGGGAGCGGGACAGACGACGACGACGAUGACGACGGGGACAAUGACGACGACGAUGAUGACGACGACGGGGAUAACGAUGACGACGACGACAAGGAUGAGGACAAGGAGGGCAACAGCAGCAGCAGCGACAGCGACAAGGAGAUGAGUAAACCCAAGAAGAAGGCCAAGAACAACAGCUCCUUUGACGACGAGCUGACCAAUGACAGCACGUCCCAAGAAAAAGGCAACAAGGAUCCCUCGCUGGAGCUGGCCCAGACCUGGAGCGCCCAGCGGAUGGAGCACAUCCUGAUCUGCUGCGUGUGUCUGGGGGACAACAGCGAGGACGCCGACGAGAUCAUCCAGUGUGACAACUGUGGCGUGACGGUGCACGAAGGUUGCUAUGGCGUCGACGGGGAGAGCGACUCCAUCAUGAGCUCAGCCUCAGAGAACUCAACAGAACCCUGGUUCUGUGAUGCCUGCAAGAACGGGGUGACCCCCAGCUGUGAGCUCUGCCCCAAUCAGGACGGGAUAUUCAAAGAGACGGACGCUGGGAGAUGGGUGCAUGUGGUCUGCGCCCUCUACGUUCCGGGGGUGGCGUUUGGGGACAUUGAUAAGCUGAGGCCAGUCACUCUGACAGAGAUGAACUAUUCAAAAUACGGGGCCAAGGAGUGCAGCUUCUGUGAGGACGCCCGCUUUGCCCGGACGGGCGUGUGCAUCAGCUGUGACGCAGGCAUGUGCCGGUCCUACUUCCACGUCACCUGUGCUCAGAGGGAGGGGCUCCUGUCGGAGGCGGCCGCAGAGGAGGACAUCGCCGACCCAUUCUUCGCCUACUGCAAGCAGCACGCCGACCGCUUCGACAGGAAGUGGAAGCGGAAGAACUACCUAGCGCUGCAGUCCUACUGCAAAGUGUCCCUGCAGGAGAGGGAGAAGCAGCUGGCCCCUGAAGCCCAGGUGUUGGGUCGGCGCGUGAAGGCCCGCAUCACCACGCGGCUGCAGCAGUACCGGGCCAAGGCGGAGCUGUCGCGCAACACCCGGCCGCAGGCCUGGGUGCCAAGGGAGAAGCUGCCGCGACCCCUGACCUCCAGCGCCUCGGCCAUCCGGAAGCUGAUGAGGAAGGCGGAGCUGAUGGGCAUCAGCACGGACAUCUUCCCCGUGGACACGGCCGACACCAACGCCAGCAUGGACGGCCGGCGCAAGCACAAGCAACCGGCGCUCACCGCCGACUUCGUCAACUACUACCUGGAGAGGAACAUGCGCAUGAUCCAGAUCCAGGACAACAUCUCGGAGCAGAAGAGCCUGAAGGAUAAGCUGGAGAGCGAGCAGGAGAAGCUGCAUGUGGAGUACAACAAGCUCUGCGAGUCUCUGGAGGAGCUGCUGAAUGUCAAUGGAGAGCUGCGGAGCCAAGGCCAGACGGUGUGGACGCUGCUGGGGAACAUUCUGGGCCAGAAGCUGAACGCCCCGGCUAUUCUGAAAGCCCCUAAAGAGAGGAAGCCCAACAAGAAGGAAGGCGGGGGGGCCCCCGGGAAGUCCUCCAGCCUCCCGGCCAUCCUCUACAGUUGUGGGAUCUGUAAGAAGAACCAGGACCAGCACCUGCUGCUGCUGUGUGAUACCUGUAAGCUCUACUAUCACCUGGGCUGCCUGGAACCCCCGCUCACACGCAUGCCCAAGAAGACCAAGAACAGCUACUGGCAGUGCUCUGAGUGCGACCAGGCCAGCAGCGACGAGGCGGACAUCGCCAUGGAGACGCUGCCCGACGGCACCAAGAGGUCCAGGAGGCAGAUAAAAGGACCGCUCAAAUUCAUCCCGCAGGAGAUGUCGCCGGAGCCUAAGAAACAUCAGAGAACACGGGGGCAGAAGAGGAAGAGGCCGCCCAUGUGUGAGGACCGAGACGACAAGAUCGAGGAACCGGCGCCACGGGAGCGUCGGCAGCGGCAGUCCGCACUGCAGAAGAGGCAGCAGCAGCAGCAGCCGCCCAAAGCAGAAGACACGCGCACAGAGUGCACCACGUGCCAGGGCCCGGGCGACAACGACAACCUCGUCAGGUGUGACGAGUGCCUGCUCUGCUACCACUUUGGCUGUCUGGACCCCCCCCUGAAGAAGUCCCCCAAGCAGACGGGCUACGGUUGGAUCUGCCAGGAGUGUGACAACUCCUCCUCCAGGGAGGAAGAGGAUGAGCGACCAGAGGAGGAGGAUGAGGAGCGAGAGGAAGAGGAGGCGGGCAUUGUGAAAGAGGAGAUGUCUGAGCACCCAAUUCCAAUCUGAGCCGUGGCAGUGGUGAAUCCUCGUGAGCACGACUAACUAGCGUGCUAACGCCAGAGUGUUUCCUUCCUCGAUGACGGCACAAACGCUACUCAACUCUACUCUACACUACUCUAAUCUACGCUCUACACUAUCCUCCUCUACUCUACUCUACUGCUGUCUCCCGGACAGUCAUGCUCCUGGAGAACCAGCAGUGUUUGGUUUCAUGUACAUCAGAAACAUAUGACAGACAUAGCCCAUAGAGAACAGUAUAUUUUAGAGCAGAAUGUAUGGUAACGCCUUCUUGAAAUGGGGAGAGCACGAUAUUUUUUUAAAAACAAAGGGGUACAAGCCUGAAGGGCUGGAGAGGAAUCGACCUCUUUGUCUUAGUUCAUGUCGCUGGUUGCUUUGUUGGCGUCUUGCGUCACUUUUUUAAUGGCUUUUGGUUUCCCUUUUUGAUUUUUUAAGUUCCCUUUAACUGAUGAUUUGAUUUUUGCCGUUGAUUGAAGUACUAUUUUCACCGCUACUUUGAUUUGGACGCACAGCGUUUUCCCAACUGUGUUUCCCAGAGUUUGUAUUUAGAUACGAUGUAAAUGUGAUAGGAGGAGGUGAAGAUAUUUUUUUUAUCCUGGCCUGACAUUGGCCGAUGUGCGCUCAUGUGGGUUACAUCACAUGGCGGUAGCUGGAGGAUAUUUCCAAAGACGCAAUGUUUACUGACACUGACCGCUCCCUGAGUGGAGGGGUGAAGCAACAUGUCUCCACACUUAAGGGAACAUCUUGUGAGGCACCCUAAAUGAACACUAUACAAUCUGUCUGAAUAGUUUGACCACAGCCGGAACCAGGAUGUGUUGCGAUGUCACCAAGGAGACUCACUUUGAUGUGGCUCAGAUAAGAGCACCAGACUAGACAUGUUAGGCCAUCAAAGUCCCCAUUGUUUCAAUGGAAAUGCUAAUAAAUCUCUAAGGCUAAUUGGUUCAUCGCGUUAUUUAUACCGAAGCUUCUAGACAUUAUAUUGGAGAGCAUUUUGCUAUCGAGACGUUUCUAUAGACUGAAUAAUUGUAUCAAAUAUAAAGGGAUGGUACUAAUCAGAGAUGAAGGGUAUGCAGUUUUUAGACAUCUAAAAUGUAACUUGAUCAGAUCAGCAUUUGAGAAGUAAGUAUGUUUAAGUGUCACUGUUGUAUUUAAAGGUGUAUAUGUUU